GGUUAUACUUAUAGGGUUAUACAAAUAUAAAUACUCAAUUAAUGUCAGUUAUUCUUCAUAUUCUUCAUUUUCUUAUCUCAUUUAGAGAGGAACAAACUUAGCUUUCACAGGACUGAGGCAAAUCACCGACUUUUGCUUGCGCGAGAUGGACUUUUGCCCGCGGAUUGUCUAUAUGGAUUUUUGACAGUGAUUUUGACAGUGAUGAGUUUAAAAGCGCUCCGAUGAUGUCGGAAAUAAUGGCUGAUGACGUAAGUGUUUGCCUGAUACACCGCGUAGGAGCUUAAUGUUGCUAUUUCCAAAACUAUAUUUAGCAAGGUAAUAGUGCCACGAAUUAGUAUCGUAUUAUGUACUAAAAAUCAUUAGUGAAUUCAUAUUAUGCCUUAGGAAAACAUUACUUAAUAAACGUUUCACAUUUGAAGAAUUAACCACACGUAUUGACCAUCUCUUGUUGUCAAUUUAUCAGCUUAUACUAUAGUAUCUCGCUGAUGAUACGAAUGCUCUUAAAGGACAACUAUAGAUUUAAUAAAAUGCAUUAUGACAGCUGAGGAAUUAAGCUUUGAGGUUUGUUUGGUACAGUUUCUAUCGAACCGGGAAUUUGUAGAGCGUAAUGUCCAAAUGUUCCUGAAUGCAUCAAUCAAAUCUAACGUCACAUCAACGCAUCUCCGUCAAAUUCCUCUGAAGUCUUGACCGGUAAGUACCGCUGAGCCGCGGGUCUAAGGGCUCAUAGUUUGGAUGGUGUAAUGACAGUUAUAUAGCUGUGAAACGGCGUUGUCGUCCGUUUGUAACCUGUGCAGUAUGUGUACACUAAUGAAAGAGUGAAAUAUUCCCUGUGUAUGACAACGCCAAAACGUGGCUAACAAUAGCAUAGCCGCUAAGCUAGCGGCACAUUAUUAUGACAAAUAUGUAACGGUAUUAAGUUAUGUGCUGAACUGGCAUGAACUGGUUAGUUGGGUAACUAACUUGGUUAGCUAAUUAACUUUUCAGUUAAUAUGAAUACAGUCUGCGUUAGCCUUUAUGUUAUCGUGGUUUAACGUUAAGUCACGGGUUCAUUUGUGUGCCGUAUGAGGGAAAUAUUUCGUCUACUAGUUUCAUAGUUCAUUAUAAGGAAGGAAGCGAUUUAAAUUCAUUCGUAACGUUUAUUAAGCAAUAAGGUACAAUAGGCUGUACAUAAAGUACUGCCUCGAGUACCUCAUUGCUGAUACUAACGGUCGGUCAAACCGUUACUCUUAGUGCGCAGUGAUAUGGAACAAGAACUGUACGUCACUCAAUGAUGUGCACCACGUGACUCACGGUCAACCAAUCAGAGCGCUGCAUUUCAUCUACAGUAUUAUAACACGAGCUAAUGCUGACUUAAAGUAUGUUCAUUGACAAAUUGGUUAAAAUUGAAAGGGUUUUGUCAGUUUGUGUUGACUAGUUUGUUGGCAUUAGCUACUAGUUAGCUGGUUAGCGUUACUUUGCUCGCUGCCAAAUUAGUCAGCCAACUGAUGAAAUUGCCACGGCCUAUUUUUAGCAUUAGGCCUACGUAGAAGUUAGCAUGUGGUAACCACGUGAAUAUUUCACUCCUCCAUUCAUGUCUGAAUUAUGGAUAAGUUACAAAUCCAAUGUCAAUAGCAUUUAAAGUAGUUUGUCUUUUGAGAAACAUAAUUAACUAUGUUGGUAAUAUGGAACAGCGGUAAUCUACUUCUCUCUGUAUGUAAUAAUUUAGGCUGAAAGUUUGAACCUUCUUAAUGUCAGUUUGUCAUAUUGUUUCCUCUCUUAGACAACAGAGCAUCCUCCUUAUCUGCAUUGUGUUUGACCAUAACGGCUGGUGACUCUAAAGUGCAAGUUCACACAUCAAUUCAGAUAUUGCUCCUGCCAGUGUUGGUGACUCCUUGGAUAUUUGACAGUGUCCUGCUAUCCAGCAUCUCUCCUCCUCUAUCCCAUUGGCUCUUUGUCUAUCCUAUACCUUGUAUCCACUCUGUCUACAAUUUGAUAACUCUAGCUUUCCUGUCAAAUCUACCGCUCUGUCUGCUUUUGGAAACUCUAUCUUUGUAUCCCUCUUCUAUCCCACUCUAUCUGUAUACAGAAGCCUGAAAACCCUGAUAUUCUGAAACCUGAACCCUGAAACCUGAACCUAAGGUUAUUGCAACCUGUCUGAACAGAACUCUGAGAGUAUCUCCACUCUCCCGCUCUCUGUCUCUCCUCUGAACACUCACUCACCCGGGUUAUUGGUACCUGAUCUACCUUUUUGAAUGAUCUGAGAGAUUCUCUUCUCUCACUCUCACCUCUGUCCUAUCAACUCCUAUAUUUAUACAAUACUAUUACUGUUUUUACUAAUUUGACAAAACAUUUGAAAUUUACUAUUAAUGAGAUUAACAAAAUUGGCCUGAACAAAGAAUUGAAAAGUUAAUUCAGAAGCGGAAAAAAACAUAAAGUACAAAUCUUUUUGUUAUAAUUGAAAAAACUACACCUUGAUCCAAAGAAUUGGCUUGUAAAAAAAAGUACUCUUUAUAAUUGAAUCAGGUAGAUUUCCUGAUACACUAUUUGCAAAAGUGCAUUGAAUUAACAUAAUUAAAGACAACUGCACUCUGAUAUAUAAUAAAAUACAUAACUAUUACAAAUCCAUAUUAGAGAAGUGUAUUUGCUCCUGAUCGCUGUUGCUGUGCACCUGUUGGUUUGUACUCAAAGAUUUGUUUUGUGAGCAAACACUGUUGUUAACUUGAUUAGUCUACGUACAAGGAAAAAUAAUCCCGCUACAUGAUUGUAUCAAUUCUACCUAAUUAAUGAAUACAUAAUUUUUUCUUAUAAACUUACAUUGUGCAUAUCAGUGUUUUGUUGUUUAUACUGAAAUAAAACACAGACGUCAACCAGGAGCAAGUGGAUUCAUCAGGAGUGGCUGUUUCCUGCUGAUCCAACGUUCUUCAGAAGCAUCCAUCUGUCAUCACACUCCUACAACAACUGCUCCUGAAUGUAAACAAUAGCCUAAUAAAGUAUUAAGAUCAUUUCUACCAGUAAAUUUAGCCAUUUGAAAUCUGAAGGGCCCUUUCAGUCAACUGGUUCCAAGUAGUGUGUUUGUGGUAGACUUCAGUUUUUACAUUGAUUAUAUAUUUCCACAGAUAAGUCAAGGUCUCAGUAAGCAAUAUCUUUUACAUACUAAAUACCAUCGGUCACUUUAGUACAUGGUACGUUAUUUACGCAGACAGACAUACUAAGACCUGAUUGCAGUAUUGCACUAGAAGUGCUUUGUCUGGACCCUCAUAUAUUAGAACACGUCAGCUGGAUAAUUUCAUUGUGUUUUUUAUAUUAAAACUAUAAAAUAAUCCUUCAGGUUGCUGUCACUGAAUUUGACGUUCAAAUAUAAUAUAUUUAUCUAUAUUGAAAAGUGUUAUCUAUUCAUGUUUUGAAAAGCGUAAGCCCAAACUGAGUUAAUUUUUCAUUCAUAAGUGUUUUUGAUUUAUAGCAGCAAGCAGGUUUAAUCCAUCUUCAAAUCCUUGUUCGUUAAAAGUAAUAUUUUACUUAUUGCAUUUAAUAUCUUGGUUUUGUACAACAUUUGUGGUUUUGAAACAUCAACAAUGCCAAGGAAGAGUAAGAGGUCACAAGCUCAGAGCCUACGCUGGCAACGGCCCAAUGAGAAUCCCUUUGCAACAACGACUGUAGGAGCAGAAUGUGUUGGUCCUGAGAGCAGUGGAGAGGUGAAGAUGUCUGCAGAGUGUAAACGUGUGGAGCAGGAAGGUCAGCCUGAUGCUUCAUGUGCAUCACCACCAUCUUAUGCAGAUGCAGUAAAGAGAGGACAGCACAGUGAUGAUGCCCUGAACCCUGAAUUUAGACAAAAGAAAAUCAAUAAUACAAGAGACAACGUUGACUUUCAACAAAAACGGAAAGAGUACAUUUCAAACAGGUACAGAGAAAACGCUGAUUUUAGACAGAAAAAAACCCAAAUCUUUGUCUCUUGUUACAGAAAUAAUCCUGAUUUUAGACAGAAAAAAAAACAAAUCUUUGUCUCUCGUUACAGAAAUAAUCCUGAUUUUAGAGAGAAGAAAAAACAGCACUUUACGAACCGCUACCGAGACAAUGCUGAGUUUAGAAUGGAAAAAAAAACUGUCCUUCACUGCUUUUUAUAAAAACAGCAUUGAUUUUAGACAAAAGAAGAGAUCUCACAUUAUUCAGCGUUACGCUCAUGACCAGGCCUUCAGGCUCAGACAUAAACAACUAAUGAAACAACGAAUGAAAGACAGAUACAAAAACAAUCCUACAUAUCGGAGUAUGCAGAACAUGAGAUGUGCCAUGAAAAUAAAAAGGAAAUACAGUGGGAUAAAUAAACCAACAGAAGAAAGUGACAACAGUUUGAUCGAAGAGGCCAUAUCUGUUUUCAGGUCACAAAUAAAGUCCGGUCCCACUUAUGUUUGCACCGUCUGUCACAAAGCAGCAUUUCCAAACCAAGUGAAACCCUGUAAACGGUUAAACUAUGUACGAAAUCCAGACGUGGUUGCAGCAUGCCUGACAGGAAAGUAUGUCCAUGUGUGUGAUGACGAGUGCACAGAUGAACAGCAGUGUAAUGUACCUGAUGAGAGAAAGGAAGAGUCUGUCACACCUGCCACAAUCAUCUUAAAGAUGGAGUCAUGCCGACACUCGCUGUAGCCAACAACUUGGAGCUCGCUGACAUUCCACCUGAACUGUGUGACCUCAACAUAUUGGAGAGACAUCUCAUAGCCAAGUGCAUAGCGUUUGCAAAGAUCGUUCCUCUUCCCAAAGGACGCCAGAGAGCGAUACAUGGCAACGUGGUUUGUGUCCCGUCUGAGGUGCAGGAAACAGUGGAAGCGUUACCCAGACUGAGAAGUGAGUCUCAAGUGAUGAGAGUAAAGCUGAAGAGACGAUUGUGUUACAGAGGACAUCAGCUGUUCCAGACUGUCACCUGGUCUAAACUAGUGCAGGCGCUGCAUAAACUCAAACACAUCCAUCCACAAUAUCAGGACAUCACUAUCAGAGAUGAGGCUGAGCUUUGUGACCCAACACUUCCUGAUGAAGAUGAGGAUGAUGAUGAUGAGGAUGCCAGUAUGGAUGACAACGACUAUGAUGAUGCUGAUUUAAAGGAAAUUGACAUGUGUGAGAUAAGUGCACUGUGUGAGACAGAAACUGAGCUUGAUGGAGAGCAGGAUGUUGACAUGUUGUCUUGUGAUGGUGAACAACCAGAGCAGCAAAGAGAUGGUGAAGAACAGGAAGGUGACAUGCCUAACGGUGGUUUUGCUCUAGAAUCAUGUCUUCAGCCGUGUGAUGUUUCAGAGGAGAUCUUAUGUUUCAGUGAAGGAAUCUACUCUGUUGCCCCUGCAGAAAGUAACAGUCCAGUUGGUUUCUUCAAGACUCCUAAACUUGAGGCGAUGGCUUUCCCUGUGCAGUUCCCUACAGGCCAAAACACACUGGAUGAAGGGAGACGUAUUAAAGUAACACCCAGCAGUUAUUUCAAAGCGAGGCUCUUCUGUGUUGAUGAUCGUUUUGCCAGAGAUACAAACUACUUGUUCUUUGCUCAGUUUGUGACUGAAAUACACUUGGCCACAUCCAGCAUGACAAUACAGUUGAGGAAAGGAAAGCCACUGACUCGAGAUGGACGAAAAAUAACGUCUGGUAUGCUGCAAAACAAACGAGAGGUAGAGAAACUGGUGAGGAACAAAGAUGCAGUCAGAUUCAUGCAGCCGCUGAGAGGAACACCAGCCUACUGGGAGAAAACCACACGAGACCUUUUUGCCAUGAUCAGACAGUUGGGAACUCCCACAUUCUUUUGUACAUUUUCUGCAGCUGAGAUGCGUUGGCCUGAAGUGAUUGAGGCAAUAAAAAGACAGCAAGGUGAGGAGGUGAACUUUGAAGGGCUCGACUGGUCAGCAAAGUGUGACAUUCUGAGAAGCAAUCCUGUGACAACCAUGCGCAUGUUUGAUAAGCGUGUUGAGGCCUUAUUCAGAGAUGUGCUCUUAUCUCCUGCACAGCCUCUUGGCAAAGUUGUUGACUACUUUUACAGAGUUGAGUUUCAGCACAGAGGAAGUCCACACAUUCACUGUCUCACAUGGGUAGAAGGUGCACCUGUGUUUGAGGAGGAUGAUGAUCACACUGUGUCAGCUUUUGUGUCUAAAUACAUCACAGCUCAGCUACCUGACCAACUCACACAACCUGAACUGUACAAGAAGGUCACAGAGGUGCAAAUACACAGCAAAAAACACUCACGGACAUGUUUCAGAAGCCCCAGCUCGGGUGGCAGAUUUGGAUUUCCUAAACCACCUUCCAGAAAGACAAUGAUACCGAGACCUGGUGAGGGUGUUGCUCCACUGCAACUGCAAAUAGCAAAGUCCAAGCUCCAACCACUGAACCUGUUGCUGAAUGAACCUAAAACUGCCUCACUCAGUUUGCAGCAGCUCCUCGCUAAAUGCAACUUAACACUCCAAGAGUAUGAAGGAUGCCUCAAUGUCAUCAACAAAUCCAGUGCGGUGAUCCUGAAACGUGAGCCAAAAGACUGCUGGGUAAAUGGAUAUAAUGCACAUCUACUGGAAGCCUGGGAUGCCAAUAUUGAUGUUAGUUAUAUUCUUAAUGCAUAUUCGUGCAUCAUGUAUCUCACCAGCUACAUCACCAAAAAGGAAUCUGGACUUUCUGAGUACCUUAAAACAGUCAUUGAAAACUCCACCAGAGACCACGUCAAUAAAUGUGAUGAAAUGAGGGAAAUCAUGCAGGCGUACUCUAAAAAGAGAGAGGUCAGUGCUCAGGAGUAUGUGACUCAUGAAGAAGUGUUCACGUGGUGUCCAAUUCGUACCGACAGAUGACAACGCACUGAAAAUAAGUCGCCCCAUGUCUUACCUGGAGAACACAACAUUAGAAAGUGUAAAUGUGUGGAUGACAUCUUUGACUGACAAAUACAAAUCCAGACCAGAAACACAGAGUUUGAGCAGAUGUGUUUGGCUGAUUUCGCAGCUACUUGUAGAGUUGUCUAUGGCCAGCAGAAAAAAGGAAAAGAUGUGUUGCCUCUCCUCAAUGAUAUGGGAUUUGUGCAAAAGCGUAAAAACGAUAAGCCUGCCAUCAUCAGAUUUUACCGCUGCUCACAGGAAAAAUAUCCAGAGAAGUUCUAUGGCACAUUACUGAAACUGUACAUUCCUCACCGAUCAGACCUGGAACUGAUAAGACGGCAUUUCCCCACGUACGAGUCCUUCUACAAGAGUUGUUGUGUCCAACUACCAGGUUCUGACCAUCCUGAGUAUGUCCGACACAUUGUGAAACAAAACAAAGACAAAUAUGAGAAAAACAGCGAGGACAUUGAGAAUGCAGUGGAAGAAUUUGAACAGAACAGAGGAGUGAUUGAUGAAUGGUGCAAUCUGGCUCCAGAAUCUGAAGUGGAAAGGUUGGAAUGUAUCAUGAAAGAUGAGAGCCAGAUCAUGAAAAUGUUCAAGAAAAUGUUCCAGAAUACACUAAUCAAGCUAAUGCUGCAACAGAAGCCAUAGCCAUCAGAGAGCCUCCGGCCUUUGACCCCACACUACUACGGCAAAUGUAUCAGAACCUGAACCAGAAACAAGCAUGUGUGUUUUAUGCAGUCAGAGACUGGUGUGUAAAGCGUGUCUGUGGCCUAAAUCCUGAGCAGUUUUUCUUUUAAGUCAAUGGUGGUGCUGGAACAGGAAAGUCACAUCUCAUUAAAUGCAUCUACUCGGAAGCAUCUAAGAUACUGUGCAAACUGCCCAGCCAUUCUGAGGAGGUCGACAUAUCAAACCCCACGGUCCUGUUGACAGCUUUCACUGGAACUGCAGCCUUCAAUAUAUCAGGAUCAACACUGCCCUCUCUGCUCAAGCUUCCACGAAGUCUGAAACCUCCAUUUCAAGGACUUGGUAACCAACUGGAUGAAGUCCGAUCAGAACUUUUAAAUGCUGAAAUCCUCAUCAUUGAUGAAGUGUCUAUGGUGUCAAAGCGCCUGUUUGCUCAUGUGGAUGCGAGACCGAAACAGAUCAAAGGUAGUCCCAAACCCUUUGGAGGAAUGUCAGUAAUAGCUGUUGGUGACUAUUAUCAGCUACCACCAGUGCGACAGUCCAAGACCCUCUGUGUGUACGAGCCAUGUGAGAUUGACCUAUGGCAGGAACACUUUCAGACAAUCACCCUGACUGAGAUUAUGCGGCAGAAGGAUGAUGUUGCCUUUGCAGAGAUGUUGAACCGGAUCCGUGUGAAAGGAAAGUCAGAUGAGUUGUCUCAAGCAGACAGAGCCUUGUUGUCACAGACCAUCACUGAACCAUCACUUUGUCCACCUGAUGUCCUGCACAUCUUUGCAACUAAUAAACAGGUUGAUUCACACAACUCAGUAACAUUAGCUCUGCUCCAUUCUAAUAUCACCAAGAUCGAUGCAGAUGACUACAAGAAGGACCCACGAACUGGAAGAAUGGCUCGACAAGCCCAACCAUACAAAGGAAACAGAAAUGAGUUACCAGACACACUAAACGUUACUGAAGGUGCUCGAGUCAUGCUCACCAGAAACAUAGACGUGUCUCAGGGAUUGGUGAAUGGAUCGUUUGCUACACUAGUCAGGGUAAUAACCGCAGAACAGAGUGGUGUUGCACAUGUCACUAUGCUCGGGCUCAAGAUGGAUGAUCAAACUGCUGGAAGGAAUUACUGUAAUAGAGCACCAGGCGGCCCUGAUGAUGUGGUGUACAUAGAGAGAGCAGAGGACAAUCUGAAACAGAAAGGAGUGGUACGCAGACAGUUUCCUGUUAGACCUGCCUUUGCCUGUACGAUGCACAAGGUACAGGGUAUGACAAGGACGUCAGCUGUAGUGUCACUGAAACACAUUUUUGAACCUGGCGUGGCUUACGUAGCUAUCAGUAGAAUGACCUCUCUCAGUGGACUGCACAUGCUGGAUCUGGAUGAGAGUAAAAUCUAUGCCAACCCAGAAAUCACUGGAGCCCUCGAGACCAUGAGACAAGUCAACUUGGACGACAUGAUGCCUCUUCUUUGUAUCAAAGAGACCUCGAGCAGACAUGACACUCUGACCAUUGUUCACCAUAACACGGAAGGUUUACCAUCUCACAUCAAUGACAUCAGGAGCCAUCAUGAACUGUGUCUUGCAGAUGUUUUGUGUCUUACAGAAACUCACCUUCAAGGCUCCUUUGUUGCAGAGAGUCUCCAUUUAGAGGGCUACAACAUGUUCAAACGCAACAGACACCUGUCCUACACAAAUGUUCCACAAAUAGCCAACAGAGGUGAAGGUGGAGUUUAUGUGGCGGCUGUUUAUGUGAAAAGCCACAUUCAGGUGCGUGAGAAACAGUACGUACAUAAUGUAACCGAUCUUGAGUUUGUGGCUCUGAAGGUAGAAGCCCCAGUGAGAGCCCUGAUUGCAGCUGUGUACAGACCUCCAGACUACAGUGUGAGAUCAUUCCUGUCCAACCUGGGGAGCCUGCUGGACUCAUUGGAGAUCAUGGACUGUCAGCCCAUCAUUGUCUGUGGUGAUUUCAACGAGAAUCUCUUCUCCAACACUGGUAAGCCAAUCCUUGAGCUCUUCCAGUCCAGAGGAUUUUCACAAGUCAUCAGUAAUGCAACCACUGACAAGAACACACUGCUGGACCUCAUUUUCAUCUCUCAACCACAACGCUGUCUCUACUCUGGUGUGCUGAGAACUUAUUACAGUUAUCACAACCCUGUUUACUGUGUCAUGUCAUCUAACAGUCCAUGAAGGUAUCAGGUGAGUUUUAAAGAAAAAUGCAAUGUACUUGUAUAUACAUUGAUUUAAUACAAUGCAUGAUUAUACAGAGGAGGGGGAUCCGCCAUACAGCCGUUUCCAUCUUUCCACCACAGCAGGGCCUCCACUCUGGUACAGUAAAAAACAUGUCACUUGUCACAAUCAUGUUUUCUGUCUACAUUCCUCCAACAGGUCUUAAAAUUGUCAGCUAAAAUGAAAAUCUACUGAGAAUCAUGUACUUUUUUUAAACAAUACCACAUUGUAAUUAGUCUGGGAUUAUGUAAUCUUCAAUGUAAAUGUGAGGGUGGGACCUUAGGACCUGGGAGCCUCAGCAUAGAGCGGGAGGCUUAAACUCAA